AUGAGUCUCGGGAGUCGUGCGAAGGAGGACCGUGACGCUCUGGGUAAACUACACCAGAUUUCAUCUGGCACUGCGCUUGUACCCCGAAACCUUCGAGAUGCGUCAGCGGCCGCAGGCUCGUCGUCAAACCCGCAAGGAGCAUGGAAGCAACCGGCGACUGAGAUCACGCCCCCUACACCAGGACAACGACAGGCUAGUACGAGGAAAGGAAACCCGUUCAACGCGGCGGCCAUAAGAAGCACGACGAAAGGCCGCACAUCGGCUUCCGAACGCGCGCCGACUUUACAGAACACGCGUACAGUAUUAUCAAUGAGCACAAGCGUGAAGCCAGGGGAUGAAUAUGUGGAGGGCCGGGCAUCCAAACGGCAGAAAGUCGUAGAGCGUGAUUACCGGGCGGCUAGUGGUCCCAUGUACAAGAACUCUGGUUACUUUAAAGAUGGCCAAGCGGGUAGGAAUAAACCUCAGGGAAAGAAGGCGAUGAGGGGUGGUGCGGGUCCUGCGAGAUCAACGCGUUCAAGCGUCAACCUCAAUAAUGGGCAGCCAGAGGCUUAUGAAGUACCCGACUCGGACGAGGACAGAGAGGCGGACCGUCGAGCAUCAAAGAAGAAGGGGAAGGGGAAGGCUUUACCAGACGAGGAGGACGAAGAUGUGGUCGAGGUAGUGUCAGGGUCGACACCUCACAUGGAUCGUCCGCCCGAGCCACAUUUCGACUUCAAUGCGAGCGACUUCGAUCCAAAUGACUUCGAUCCGGGCUAUGCAAGAAGCAGCGCUACGCCCCCGGCAAGAAUAUCUGACUUGCGACCGUCGAAGGCUACUGCUAUGUCGGACGAUGAAAUCGAUUUACUCACUGCCGACGAUAAAAUGCGUGCUGGCCCUGCAACUGCUCGAGUCCAGGCCGCGUUAGGUGACGUUUCCAGUGCUACUGGUCGAGCGCGGACCCGCGGACCCUCUCAGCCCAUCUCCAAAGUGGCGGCAGGUCCUGCAAGAGACGUGGAAGUGAUCAGCAGCGACGAGGGCGAGGCAGAAAUGCAGCCAAAGAAGCCUAAGAAGCGGAUGAAUACGCCAAACAGGACUCCUAUGCCAGACGUCCAGAACAUUGUACACAACAUCGAGAACCACGUGGUCUCUGCCGUCGCAAGUUCAGCGCCCAUCAAGACUCGCAUGCAGGCUAAGAAUGCUCGUUCGGACUGGGGAUCUGUGCCCGGUGGUAGGAUCCAGACGCCGGAGGCUACUUCGUCUCUGGCUCCGAAGAGAGACUUGUCCAGUCUGAAGUUCACGAAGACCAAGACGCCUGCUGCGUCUGAUCCUAUUGCUACGGCCCCAACACCUUAUGUCAGAAAUGCAUUAGUCGCCUCGACGUCUGCACCUGCUUCUGGCUCCGGAGACUCCAAACUCAUGAGCGAAGAGCGCGAAUCCCCGUCUGUUCGACGCGGCGGGCCCACGCCUAUCUCCAUUCCGUCCGGCUCAGCGGAUGAUCUGGAAGGGUCCCUGCCGCUCAAUUAUUGCGCAAUAGGCUUCAAGGAACUUCAGAUUCCUGAGGACGGCGGUGACGAGUAUGGCGUUGCAUUGACGAGGAAAUUCCAAACACUGUCUGUCUGGAGGCGCUCCAAAGGCGAACGGCAGGCGAUCAAUCUGUUGGAAGUACCUCUCAGGGAGCAUAAAUUCGAAAGCGCCGCUCUCACUUUCAGUAAUCAGAAAGCGAAGAUAGAGUUGCCAAUGAUCCAACUUGCAGGCUUUUCCUUGGACUGUCGCCUGGGUGGUACAUUGAGGGACGUGAUAGACAGGGAUAACGGGCGCGGCGGGAACUCACUGACAGUGGUAUUCGACAUAACCGAUCCGACAUGGGACGAGCGUUUAUAUUACAGAGUCAUGAAGCAUAUCAAGGAGAUAACGGCCAUGAAGAUCACACAGGUUGAGAAGGCUGCCGCGAGGACCAUCCUGAAGCUUCAUCGGGACCGCUGCGAGAUGAGUUCUCAAUACGAGAAACGGACAGCAAGAGCGUCAGAUCCUGGACCUAGGAAGCCACGUCCCAUGCCUAGGCAGACCAAGAUCAAAGGGUCUGGCGGUCAGAUGACUCUAGGGACUAGCAUGCAACAGAUGACACUGACACAACCACCUCGACGGUCAACUCGGUCCUCUGGGGCGAGCACCAUGCCCGAUCGCGGACCCAUGCCUGACGCUGAUGAAGUGAUUCUGGUGUAUCCACCGAGCGGUCGCGGGUCAGUCAACAUCACCCAUGGUGAUCUUGGACGGCUCGCACCCGGUGACUACCUUAACGACUCGCUGAUCGAGUUCGGUCUGAAGGUAUGGCUGGAUGGUCUGCGCGACACGCAACCUGAGCUAGCGAAUCAAAUUCACGUAUUCAGUUCGUUCUUCUAUAAGAAGUUGGGCGCCAACGUGGAUACGGGUUACGCCAGCGUACGAAAAUGGACGUCUAAGAUCAACAUCUUCGAGAAGAAAUAUCUGAUCAUACCUAUCAACGAGAACUUUCACUGGUAUCUCGCUAUCGUAUACGAGCCCGGGCGCGUUCUUCAGCCACAUACACCAUCUCAAGCCCGCCAGUCGACAAGGCUAAAGGGAGACAAACCCGAUAUCAACCUCGCGGACUCUCAGAACUCAAUCGUCGAGGUGCAACCUGUUACAGAGGCUAGCGAUGUGGUCUUGACGUCACUUUGUGCUGGAUCGUCUGGAGCUGGCGGCUUGCGCACGAACGGAGACGCGAGGGACGAGAUGGAAGUUGAUAGGGAGUUAGCGCUGGCGACGUUGGGUUCGAACACAUCCUCGCUCACCGGUGAGGAGGAGGAGGAGAAGGACGAACUGGUCGAUGAGGAUCUCUCCCUCGUAUAUCCGGAUGGGUCGUCGCCUGGGCCUGGUCAGCAAGACGUGGAGAUGCAGGAUGUGUCUCAAUUGGGGGAGGCAGGUCCUUCCCGCGCGCCAAGCAGUUCUACAGAUACGCUGGACGGUCCUUCCCCUGCGGACGCAUCGGGUAGAGCGGCGAACGCCGCACUCCGUGUCACGAAUGGUGCUGUUCCGGCCUCGAAUUUCUAUGCGCCGCCUGCACCGCGCGUGGAUAUAAAGGGCAAGGGCAAGGCCCAGGCCUCGGACCAGUCCGCUCAGUACCUUGACCUCGACGACGACGAUGACAAGGCGACAUCUCAGGCAGCGUCGAUAGGCAUGACGGCCGAGGACGUCCAACCUAGUGUGGAUGAUGCGCCUAUCAAUCCCGAUGAAACGCCGCCGACGUAUAUCUUCACCUUCGACUCCUUGGGCGGACGCCACCCCGCGGCGGGGAAGAAGCUUGGCCGGUAUCUUCAUCUUGAGGCCCAUGACAAGCAGAGCAAAGACCUUACGACGCUCUCGCCAUGGCGGUAUAUGUUUGCUCAGGUUCCCACGCAACCGAACUCCUGCGACUGUGGUGUAUACCUUCUCCAUUUCGCCAAGCAGUUCAUGCAGAAUGCCGAAGACAUCGUGACCUAUGUCACGACUAAACAGGCGCAGAGUAAGGCCAAGAGUGCUGUACCCGAUGAGCAUUGGGAUCCCGAGGCAGUCACGCGCGCUCGCGAAUCGUUGAGAGAAAUCAUAGAGGAGAAGUCCGCCAUAUGGAAGGUCGAACGUAAGAAGGAGCAGGAUGAGAAGAAGGAGAAGGAGGAGGCAGAGCGUGCUGCUGCCGCUGCCGGGACUGGAGAAGGAGCUGAAGGCGCCAUCAAUAUCGACUCGGAUAACUCGGACGACGAUAUUCAGGUAUUGGACGGUCCGUCACCGAAGAAGCCAGCCAAACGCAAGUCGACGGGCGGCAAUAAACAGACGUAUUCGAAGAGAAAGAGGUGA